GAGCUCUGUGUGUGCCACAUCCUCUACUAAAUGAUAAAAACGCUUCAUGAGACGGGGACCGAGCCAAAGCAGAGACGUUAAAGUACGUUUAAACGCAUGCUUUUGUUCGCUGCUUUCACUUAAACCGGCUCAGAAACACGGAAGCAUCGUUUUAUUAGCAAUUGUCUUUUUUUUUUUACGUUGACGCGCAAGUUAGGGGCGUUAUAAAGUGGGAAAGUGGAGCUGGAUGAAGUGGACCCUGUUCAGGAACUGAGAAAGUUGAAGUUAAACCUUUUCAGAGGAGCAGAGGAAGCGCAGCAGCCUCAAUCAUAGGGAGUAGCAGUGUGAGUUGAGAAGCGAUAGAAAGAAGAGAAGGUUGAAACGCCAGCUCUGCUGUCCGCCUCUGAGUGCUGCAUCAUGGGGAAACAGAACAGUAAGCUGCGGCCUGAGGUCCUGAACGACCUGAGGGAGAACACAGAGUUCACAGACCACGAGCUGCAGGAGUGGUACCGUGGUUUCCUGAAAGACUGUCCCACCGGCCACCUGACAGUGGAGGAGUUCAAGAAGAUCUAUGCCAACUUCUUCCCUUAUGGUGACGCCUCCAAGUUCGCAGAGCAUGUAUUUCGCACGUUCGACACAAAUGGCGACGCCACCAUCGACUUCCGGGAGUUCAUUAUAGCUUUGAGCGUGACGUCACGUGGAGGGCUGGAGCAGAAGCUGCGCUGGGCCUUCAGCAUGUAUGAUUUGGAUGGGAACGGUUACAUCAGUCGGGCUGAAAUGCUAGAGAUAGUUCAGGCAAUUUACAAGAUGGUGUCAUCAGUAAUGAAGAUGCCAGAAGAUGAAUCGACACCAGAGAAAAGGACAGAUAAGAUCUUCAGACAGAUGGAUAUUGACAAUGACGGUAGAUUGUCUUUGGAGGAGUUUAUUAAAGGUGCCAAGAGCGACCCGUCCAUCGUUAGACUGCUGCAGUCAGAUCAGGGAACCUCCCGCCAGUUUUGAGGACAGAGAAACCAACCCUGCUGCAUGAGGAUACCAACAUAAAUCAUUCUGCCUGCCUCCCGCCACCACCUUUUCAGCUAACUCUUGUUUACAUCGAUGUGUAACUCUUUCAAUGACGUCUUUGUCUCUGGAGCUAUUGUAUUUUUGUGCUUUAUAAACCCCUUUCCUCUUUUGCCGUUUCUGCUAUAUAAAGUGCCAUUAUCAAGUUUAUUUUGACUGGAUUCUAAGUGUUACAGCUAG